ACACAAGGCUGACUUUCCAGCCUUUGUUUCAGUGCGUUUUAGAGGACCAAACUGACGGAUGUCCAUACUUUGGAACUGUGGCUGUGAGCUGGUUGUGGACAUCGGUUAACACCAUGCGUUACACACUCUAUCUGCAUGUGCUGGUCUGCUGCGUCAGUGUGGCCCAUGCCUUCUGCCCCUCACAGUGCACCUGUGUGUUUCAUGGACGCACAGAUGGAACGGGAAGCAGAUCAGUGCUGUGUAAUGACCCGGACAUGUCGGACAUCCCUGUGAACGUUCCCGUAGACACUGUAAAACUGCGGGUGGAGAAGACGGCUGUGCGCAGAAUCCCUACUGAGGCCUUCUACUACUUGGUGGACCUGCGCUACCUCUGGAUCACCUACAACUCCAUCAGCUCUGUGGACACGGGCAGCUUCUACAACCUCAAAGUCCUGCACGAGCUGAGGCUGGAUGGAAACCUGAUAUCCAUGUUCCCCUGGGAGUCCUUGAAGGAAAUGCCCAGUCUGAGGACACUGGACCUACACAACAAUAGGCUGACCACAGUCCCACCAGAGGCAGUCCCUUACCUGGUCAACAUCACCUACCUGGACCUAUCCAGCAACAAGCUUAGUACGUUGCCCUCUGACCUCAUGGAUAUAUGGCCCCCAUUCAGCAAGGCUCCACUGUCCAACAGUUCACAGAAGAUUGUACUGGGUCUUCAGGACAACCCUUGGCUCUGUGACUGUAAAAUCUCCAAACUGAUCGAGAUGUCCAAGAUAGCCAACAGCUUGGUAGUCCUUAUGGAUCUGUUUUUGACUUGCACGGCUCCAGAGAAUCUGUCCGGAGUGCUGUUCCAGAGAGCAGAGCUGGAGAACUGUGUGAAGCCCUCAGUGAUGACAUCUGCCACAAAGAUCACCUCACCUCUGGGUAGUAACGUGCUCCUGAGGUGUGACGCUACAGGGCUCCCCACGCCAGCACUGUCCUGGGUCAGGCCCGAUGGAGCAGCUGUCGACAACACAGUGGAAGAAUCCCCCGGAGAAGGUGUGCGGUGGUCUAUCAUGAGCCUAACUGGAAUACUUAACAAAGACGCAGGGAACUACAGCUGCAAAGCCAAGAAUGUGGCUGGAGAUGCAGAGGCCACCAUCUUUCUGUCUGUGGCUGGCACCUUGAGCACCACCCUCCCUCCAUUCAGGACUGGCUCUGGCACCGGGCCCACCAGCCAGGGCACCACCUUCACUCCUGCUGCUGUGGAUGUCUUAAAUCCCCUCUCAGUCACCCUCACAGCCUUGCCACUGUCCACUACCAACAGACCCAAAGUAACAACCACUGCCCAGAAAGGCUCACUUAAACCAGCCAAGAUUAAACAAGGGGGAAGUGGGAAGAGGCUGGCUGCAGAUGAGAAGAGCAAUAAGGACCCUUCAAACGCUGUGAUAGACUUACAGAUAGCGGAGGAGGGUUUGGACAGUGCAGUGCUGCUGUGGACUGUAGAUGGUUUGCCUGGUGACACUCUGCUCACAGUGGUGUACUCCCCUUAUGGAGAGGAAGACACUAAACAGACCUUGGAGACCAGUGCUGCCAGCGGAAAGGAGCUGCUACAGGGGCUACUCCCUGGAACCAGAUACUCCGUCUGCCUGGUGGUUAAAAGCAUCACCAGUGCCAAACAGCCCUGUGUGGACUUUUACACACUGGACAGUGUAGACAACACUGGGCUCAACCAGCUCUUCAUGAUAGUAAGUGGUAUCGUUUGUGCUCUUAUUCUGCCCCUUAUUGCACUGUUGAUCUAUAAGAUCUUAGCAUUAUACUGCAAAAGUCAGCAAACCCCUAUAGAUGAAGCGGAGCUGGAGAAAGAGAGCUAUGUGAAGUUUGAGACCAUCUCGAUGAAGCACAGGACUUUGAACUCUCACCCCACAGAGCUGUGGGCCAGAAGGCCUACCCACGACUCCGAGCGCAUGCUCCUCUGCUCCAGGUCUAGUAUAGACUCUCAAAUGACCUACAAGAGUGACAGCUCUCGCUCAGAGUACCUCUGCUGA